GUUUAUAACAAGAUAACAAACAGGCAGGGCAUGUUAUCAGUGGAAAUUCUCCUGUGUAAUGGCAACCAUUACCACACAUGGUCCUAUUUUUUAAAACAACAUCACACAGAAAUCUUUACUCAAGAUGGCCGCCAUGAGGGCUGUAUUAGGUCUGUUAAUUUUGACAAUUAGAGUAUCAGGAAUAACACGGCCUACCAAUAUUGUGCUAGAAAAUAAUGGAUAUAAAAAUAUUCUUGUUGCAAUACAUCCAAGUGUUCCGGAGGAUCCGACCCUCAUUGAUAGCAUAAAGAAAGUAUUCACAGAAGCCUCAGCAAACAUCUACGAAGCAACCUAUAAAAGGGUAUACUUCCAGGAUGUUACUGUUCUGAUUCCUGCAACAUGGUCCAGUGGCACUUCCUCUCCAGCAGGGUCAGAAAUGUAUAAUAAUGCCGAUGUAGUAUUUACGUCUUCUGAGCUUGGUCGUCCACCAGAGAAAAGAAGCUAUAGUGGAUGUGGAAGUCCUGGAAUCAGAAUUAAUCUGACUCCUGAUGUUUUUAAUCUCACUAAAUAUUUGAUCAAUAGAAUAGAUACAUUAGGGCCAAGAGGCUUGUUCCUCGUACAUCAGUGGGCCAGAUUUCGAUGGGGUGUAUUUGAAGAGUAUGCUCUACCCGGUGAAAAAGAGUUUUACAUUUCACCAACAACAGGCAAUAUAGAAGGUGUACGUUGUAAUAUAAACCAAAGAGGAAUGAAUUUUUAUUAUGUAAAUAAAGAUGAUGCUCAACCAUUUUAUUGUAGAUCAAAUGAUUUAACUAAAGCAGACAAACAUUUCCCAGAUAAAUGCCAUUUUUAUACUUACCCAAGUCAACAUAGGGCGAGUGCGUCAAUUAUGAGCGUACCACGCACAGGGGUCAAGUUUUUCUGCAAUGAUAAUGAUUCUGAUGCGUCGAAAAUUCACAAUUAUGAAGCACCAAAUAAACAGAAUAGAUUGUGUGGCCAGAGAAGCACGUGGUCAGUUAUACAGGACAGUCCAGAUUUUAAAAAUAACAACAAUCCACCUAGAGUUAUAGCUGAUACAACUCCUACAUUCAAAGUGGUAAAAGCGGCUAAAACCAGAAGAGUUGUUCUAGCAUUUGACAUUGCUGGUAAUGAUGCCGAAGAAGGCAUAAGUCAUCACUUAAGACAAGCAGCAGCAACUUACAUUGAAAAUGAACUACCAAAUACACAGAUUGGUAUAACAUCAGUUGAUAACGACACGGUUAAAAUCCGCCAUUCUUUACAAGUUAUACAAUCACAGGCUGAUAGAAACAGGUUGAAGCGAAGUUUACCAAGUAAAUCAUUUGGAUCCGGAAACCUUACUGAUAUCAUUGUACCGUGCAGUUCAAUACUGUUGACACCAACUGAAUAUUCAGUCAGUAAAGAGAUAAUAUUGUUUAAGAGUGGUAGCAGUCCGAAAAGAUCAUCAGAGAAUACAACAGAUAUAUUAAAUAUGCUUCAACCCCAUGGCAUCAAGCUCCAUGUCAUACACAUUAAUAGCAGUGAUUCUGAAGAUGCUGUUGAGUUUGCUGCUUUUAAAUCAGGUGGACGGUAUUAUCAUGGUAUCGAUGACAUCAACUCUACUUCAACACAUGAUGCUGUUUCGGAUAUCAUCAAUCGUCACACCCCACAAGAUAAACCAAGCUCCAUAUUGCUAGUUAGUCGAUCAUCAGUAGUCAAACAAUGGCAGGAAGUUAAUGGCGAAGUGUUUAUAGAUGAAGAUGUUGGUUUAAAUCUUAGUUUUAACAUCAUGUAUAGUGAGACUGAACCAUUGAUAACUACAACAUCACCGCAAAAAAUUGUUUGCAACAAAAACAGUGGCGGAUACAACCAUGACCAGUCGUUGAAAAUUAUUAGAAUGGAUGUACCAGGAACAGCAAAGACUGGAAUGUGGAAAUACAGCGUCAUAAACACGGAUAGUCGACCACAGAAAGUAACAGUCUCAAUCACAAGUAAACCACUAGAUGAUCAACGACAUCCCAUCUUUAUUGAUGCUGGACUAUCUUCCGUAUCAGUGACACCAUCUGGAAAAGUAAUGAUCUGGACAGAAGUCAAUAAAGGUUCUCAUCCUGUCUUGGGAAUGGAUGUAACAGCAAUUGUAGAAAGACAAAACGGUGGCUCGGUCGUGUUGGAGUUAUUGGACAAUGGGGCAGGUGCCGAUAUCACAAAAGAUGAUGGAGUUUAUAGUAGAUAUUUUACACAGUUUAGUGGAGAUGGUAGAUAUAGUGUUAAAAUAGAAGUCACCAAUAUACCAGACAGUACACUUGAAAACAGUGGAGAUCUAAAUACAGAUGAAGUUGCUGUUCGGAUAAAUACUCCUAUAAGAAGAGCUACAGUGGCUGGAUCCUUCCUGUACAAAUCAACAAAUCAGAAUACACAAUCAGCACCAUCUACAGAUUCAGAUGAUUUUAUAGUUGAUCUUAUACCUCCUGUUAGGAUCACAGAUUUAACAGUAAUGGAGACACCACACAAUGAUAAAACUGUGGUAUUACAAUGGACAGCUCCUGGUGACGAUUUAGAUUUCAAAUCAGCCACCAGCUAUGACAUCUUGGUAUCCAGCACCAUUGAAGAUAUGAUGCAUGGUCACCAAAGCAUGAGGUACAUCUUACAAGAAGAACUUUUGGAGGGUAAUCUGCUGUCUCCAAAGGAAUCUGGUACAACUGAGACCUUCGUCAUCGAGUUUCCGUACGUUGCAAGCAGCAAGCUACUUGUUUUCUCGGUGAAAGCGACCGAUGCUGUAGGCAAUACGGCUGAGAAAUCCAACUUUGUUACUACAGGAUUUGGUCUUGUACCGGACUAUGUGCAUACAGACCAUCGACCAGAUAAGGUUAGGGUAACUCGGGUGUCUGGAGAUGCGUCAUCCAAACCCGACACGUCUGUGUCUUUGAUUAUUAUUGGAGGAAUAUUGGCCUUAGUAUGUGUAAUUGCGUCUAUUACAUUCGGUUGUAAAUUUAUCAAAUUACGUCGAUCUGAAAAUGUAAAUAAUGUUGUUAAAGAAAAGAAUGUCGUUUGACUGAAGAAACCCAAUAAUCAUCCUGAAUCAAUAUAACUGUAUUCCAACUCUUCGAUGGUAAAAUACCUUUUAAACAGUUUUGGAGUAUUUUUUUUUUGGAAAUUUUGUUAUUUGAUAUAAAUUCAAAUUUUUGUCUGAAAAGGCGACUUAAAACAAGCUUGCUACACUAUAGAUGUGAGCAUUUACCAAUAGCUGCUUUGAUUGCAUUCUUCGGUCGUUCGAGAUUAUUAGAAAACAAAGGAAUAGACUUGAACAUUACAUGAUUAAAGUAUAUCGAGGUUAAUGCAACUUUGUUGACUUCAGCAAUGGUUUUGAUGUUCUAUGAUAUUUGUUAAAUUUCCAAUAUUGCUUUUCUGAUAUAUAUAUAUAUAUAUAUAUAUAUGAAAGGAGAUUUUAUAUUAAAGGUGUGUUAUUUACAGUUUAUCUAUUAAAAGAACAAAAGAAAGUCCGUACAAGGAAGUUCUUUGAUUGUUAUUGAUCUCAAUACAUUAUAUCUUUAUCAAUCUAGAUGACAACACAAAUCAGCUAUCUAAUGGACAUCUUGUACAAUUUGUUGUAAAUAGUUUUAAAUCCAGCCAUGCCAAAUAUUUAACUAUGGACUAAAAUAAUAAAUCAAAGGUAAUUUUUUGUUAUGUGGGUAAGGAGAAUGAAUAAUAAAAUGAUUAAAUCUU